AUGUCGCGGCUUGCGCUCCAGAGUGCUCAAGCCUCUGCUUCUGCCUCUGCUCCUGCUUCCGACUCUGUCGAUGCUGCUACCACAACACCAGUCGAAACCACCACCCCAGCUUUCAGUUUCGAUCACCACCAAAACCUCAACCGCGCCGCCUCCCCCUCCGACGUCCCCGUCGAUGAUAGUCCAACCGUCGGUCGCAUCAUACACUCUAACCCGGCCGUCCCGUCCCUCGGCUCGUUAUCCUCGUCGGGUCCUAGAUCCCCUCGGCCGGCCAUCUCCAGUCCGCUUGCAACCUCGCUCAACUUUCCAUUCGGGCCCACGAGUCCCAGUCCCAGAUCCAUCAGUUUCCCUCUUCGACAGACUCCAACGCCGACUUCUCUAGCCGAGCAGGCCACCAAGAAGACGGCUAUUGUACGACAGACCUCGUUCUACAGCGACUCAUCCGACGAAGGAUCACCAGAACCCCGGAGCCCUAGACUGGGCUAUCCAGGUAGUCCGAAUGAGUUACGAACCGUCUCUGACCCCGUGACUUUGAAGCCUUCCCCAGGCUCAAUCUCGAAUCCCCGGCCGGCCAUGGCUGGUCCGGUAGCUGCGACUCAGGCCGAGUCCUCAAAGUCCAUGCCUCGAAACUCGUCCAUCGACUCAGCGAUUUCUGCAAUCUCAAUAAAGUCGGGCCCCAAUGGCAACCAGGAUGCUCAGCAAGGCGCCUCUGACAUUGCGAACCUCAUCAAGACGGCGGGAAGCCCCGAGGCAGUUAUCCAAUACCUGCUCAAGGAGAAGCAUUCUCAGUCGCAGCAAAAUGGUCAGCUGUGGCGCCUGGUCGAUAAGCAGCGAGCCAUGAUCCUCGGUCUCAACAAGGAUCUCGAAAGAGCCUUGAAGGACAAGGAAAAGUACAGGAAGAAGCUGAAGGAGGUCAUGUCUAUUCCGGCUGUUUCCCAGACCCCCAGUGGGACUGGAAAGGCCCCAGCUCAACCUCCUAGGCCCUCCGCCCCCGGAGUCGAUAUCGAGCGAACGAAGGUGCAGGCAGUCACUCCAGAUUCACCAACUCUCGAAUCUGACAGCCCGAAGAAUUCCCCGAUUGAUAUCAGCAUGGCACCAUAUCCGAUUACACCACCAGCUGACCAGCCCAGUGCUCCUCAUUCAGCAGUGAGUGAACUGUUGAAUCCUGCACACUCGAUGCCAAAGCCUCAGGAUCACGCUCUAGACAAGUUCGACCACGAGGCAGAGGAGAGGGCCGCCGAUCAGGCCCGCAAGGAAAAGAGCGAGGAGCCUCUCAAGGACAUUGCCUUCAAUAUUUCCAUUCCUCCAUCGCGAAGCCUGCCUAGCGACCCUCCGAAGAUGCCACCGCCAAAGCCUCCGACUGGACACCUCCCGACUGUUGCUAUUCUCGAGGCGACGCCCAGGACUGAUGAAGGAUUCUCGCAGUUCCCAGCGCCCCCGCCGAGAAAACCCCCGCCUGCGCCCCUUCAGUUGGUUCAGGAUAAGAGACCAAAGUUGAGUCCUUCGCCCGAGGAGGAAGAGACAGACUCCGACUACGAUGAUAUCCUGGAAGUUGACGAGAUUGUUGAUGAUCGACGCGGCCGACGAAGAACGCGGGAGGAGGACGACCGGGAGCGAGAAAUCAUAGCCCUUAAGGAAGCGGCGGCACGCAGUGCAUCUAAGAAGAGCAAGUCUAGCCAACCUGGAUCCCCCAGGGACGUGCCUCAAGCAUCUCAGUCAGAGUCUGAAACAGCCUCAUUGGCACAGAUGCUUAACGCGCCCAAGGCAAGGGAGAUCCCUGCGCCUUUAUUGAGCCCUGGCUUGCCUGCCAGCCCUCGCCCUUUCAACAUGAGCUCGCCACCUUUGUCCCCAAGGACCGCACCCUUCCAAGCUGCGCCUUUGUCACCGCGACCCCCUCGGGCGCCUAUCCCAUUGCCUCCAAACACUCCCUUGGCAACACCGGGAGCGACCCCAGCCAGGACACCAGCGACCGCACCUGUUACCGAGGAUCCUACAUCACCGAAAAAGCAGCCCGCACAGGAAGAGAGUGUUGGCUACGCGGAUAAGCCAUCGACGAGAAUGUCAACUCCGACCGAUCGAACAGAAGUCUACAAGGGCUUGGUAACGGAGGAAUAUCCUGAUCUUCUCCUUCCACCCAACGCUCUCCCCUCUGUCGAGGUCAAGGUGGCCUCAUCGCGAAUGAAGCCAUCCAGAGCGAGCAUGCUAUCGCUCACGCAGCUCGAGGAGGACCCCGUCUUCACUCUCGCCGUCCUUUCACGCGCCGAUAAUGGCGAGCUCUGGCGGGUCGAGAAGGACUCGGCGUCACUGAUGAAACUGGACCAGCGAUUGAAGCAAUUCUCUUCAUACAAGGCAAGGAUGCCGGAACGUUCAUUGUUCAGUGGACAUGCACCGGCCAAACUUGAUGCUCGGAGGGCGAUUCUGGAGCAAUUCAUGGAUGACCUGCUCAACACUCCAUUCGACACGAACACAGCCGUUGAAGUCUGCAAGUACCUGUCGACGAAUGUGCUCCCGCCCAAUUCUGAUGAUGCGGGAUCUAUCGGCGACUCAGGAUCUGAGGUCAGUGGCUCCAAGACUGGAGCUGAUGGACGGCCUCGGCGCAGCGGUUACUUGACCAAGAAGGGCAAGAAUUUUGGCGGGUGGAAGGCAAGAUUCUUUGUUCUCGAUGGGCCGCAUCUGAAGUACUACGAAGUACCUGGUGGCGCUCACUUGGGAACCAUCAAACUUCAGGGUGCGCAGAUUGGCAAGCAAUCUCAGAGCAACGACAAUCAAUCCCCGGCUCGCGGAGCCACUGGCGACGAUCUUGACAACCAGUUCCGUCACGCGUUCCUCAUUCUGGAGCCUAAGAAGAAGGACUUGAGUAGCCAUGUCAAGCAUGUGCUGUGCGCCGAGAGUGACAGGGAGCGAGAUCGCUGGGUAGAGUCGCUUCUGCAGUGGAUCGAUUACCGCGACCCAGACGACUCUGAGCCCCCUCCUUCAAGAAGUGGCCCAGUUCAUGACCGACAGACAUCGUUGGGUGAACGUGCAGGCGGAAACAAGGUCCGAAAGGGGCCGAACAAGUCUCAUCACCAUCCUUCCGACUCGGAUACCCUGAUUGGUGUUCGCUACGGUGACACUCAGGCUGGGGAUGCUCCUCAGCUUGCAGCCCCUGCGACUCCUGCGAGACCCAAGACUUCUGGCGGUCUGCCUGAUCACCAUCACCACCACGGUUUUGAUAGCCUGUCCUCGCAGACUGGCAAACUCAUCUCGGGCCCCAAAGACCCACAACCUAUCUCUGAUGCUGGUGCUUGGGGCAACAAGACAGGUCUGUCGCUUCCAACCAAUGAUGAGAAGAAGCAAAGGAAGCGAAGCUUCUUUGGGUUCGGCCCAAAGACACGCUCUUCCUCUGAAGGACAGGACUCGCUGUUCGGCGGCAGUGAGGGCGGCUCCAACGCGACGCCGCCGCAGAACGCAUAUCAAGGUCCCGUUCGACAAGCCUUUGGAGUUCCCUUGGCAGAGGCUGUUAGAUUCAACUCACCCACGGACGUCAACGUGCCUGUCCCGGCUGUCGUCUACCGAUGUAUCCAGUACCUGGACGCGAAGGACGCUGUGCUCGAAGAAGGAAUUUUCCGACUCAGUGGAUCCAACGUGGUUAUCAAAGGGCUCCGGGAGAGGUUCAACACUGAGGGAGAUGUCAACUUGGUGACUGAUCCCCAGUACUACGACAUCCACGCCGUUGCUUCUCUGCUCAAACUGUACCUGCGAGAAUUGCCGACGACAAUAUUGACAAGAGAGCUUCACAUGGAAUUCUUGUCAACGAUUGAGAUUCCGGAUCACACCAAAAAGAUUGACGCGAUGAAUGAGCUGGUUCAACGGCUUCCCCAAGCCAACAACACCCUGCUCAAGUAUCUGAUUGGCUUCCUGAUCAAGAUCAUUAAUAAUGCGGACAUGAAUAAGAUGACUGUGCGCAAUGUCGGUAUUGUCUUUUCACCCACGCUCAACAUUCCGGCACCCGUCUUUGCCAUGUUCCUGCAAAAUUAUGAGGGCAUCUUUGGUAUUGAUCCCGAGGUCUACGAGCUUCCAUCACCCAUCUCCGAGCCUGACCUGCACGCUGGCUUCCCUGAUGCACCGCCACGAUUCGAGCUCCCUACUCGACCGUCUACAUCAGGAGGCGCCUCUCCUCAUGGACAAAUGCGCAGGGAUCCGAUCCAGAACUCGAAGCGAUCCACCCCUACGCCUCCUCUGUUGAUGAACAAUCCUGCAGUGCGGGCGUCUCCUCCAUCGAGCGCCUCUAGACCAGGCUUCGACCCUUCAGCCCACUACGACUCACGACCACUCUACGAUGGCGGAUAUCGACCACCUUCUGGACAUGAUACCCGCGGUGGAUAUGACCGGCGUAGUCCCUCCCGGAAACGUCGGAGGACGGGGCCAAAGAUUGCCACUUUACCGGCCGACAUUAUCGACGAACCCCCGAUGGAAUUGGAUCCUCGACUCGGAGUAAGCAGCGGCGAACGAGCCUCUUCAUUGACCAACAACGCCGACCGAAUCGCUAAGGCGUCGCCGUCCCGCCAUGAGCCUCUUAGUGGCGCCGCCCUGAUGUCGCCAGCUCACGACGCGCGCCAUGACGCCGUCGACAACAACGGCGACGGCGCCGAUACACCCGACGCGCCGACCGGUCUGACACCACAACAGCAGCAGCAUCACGACACCGAUCCCGAUGGAGGGGACGCCAAGAGGCCAAGGGCAUGCGAAGCGUGUCGUGGGCUCAAGGUGCGCUGCGAGCCAGACCCCAACGACGAGGGACCCUGCAAGCGAUGUCGCAAGGCUGGGAGGAGCUGUGUGGUCACCAUGCCCACGCGCAAGCGCCAGAAGAAGACGGAUAGUAGGGUCGCCGAGCUGGAGAAGAAGAUUGAUGCCCUGACGGCAAGUCUACAAGCGAGGGCUGCGCCGCCCGGGGGCCACGGACACGGCGUUGGGGGCUCGCCGACCGUACCACACAAGCCCGAUCCUGCUACCGCUGCGACCCCGGCAUCCGCCUACAAUAUCUCGUGGAGGAACCCCAACCAGUCCCCCGCCUGGGGGAUACCUACACCAUCACAUAGUAUCAUGUCUGCAGCGGCAACGACGGAGCAGGGUGGGAGGCCGGACCGACCAUCCCCCAGCCAGCCGAUGGGGUCAUCCAAUACGGCGACGGCUGGGCAGAAGAGAAAGUUUGAAGGUCGCCAAGGUCCAGACGAGCAGCAGCAGCAACAGCGUGCAGAGGAGACGCCAGCAGAGGCAUUGGCGUCGUACCUGACGAGAGCAAAGGGAGGCGACAUUGUCGAGCGCGGCAUCAUCAGCAUGGAGAAAGCUGCUGAGAUGUUUGCGCGGUACAACGACCACAUGAUCUUUCACCUCCCCGCCGUCAUCUUCCCGCCGGGCUUCACGGUGGCCGAGCUCCGCAGGACCAAGCCAACGUUGUUUCUGGCCGUCAUGGCUGCUGCGACGGCUGAGUCGCCCGUUCUCCAGAAGACACUGCAGAAGGAGCUGAUGCUCGUCUUUGCUGAAAAGGUGAUGCUCGCGGGCGAGAAGAGCCUCGAGAUGGUGCAGGCACUUAACGUGGCUGUCAUAUGGUACUGGCCUCCGGAGCAUUUCGAGGAACUCAAGUUUUACCAGCUGGUGCACAUGGCUGCCGUCAUGGCCAUUGACAUCGGUCUCGGCCAAAAGGUCAAGCAGCGCCGUGGCAAGGUGAUACCUGAUAGCUGGCGCACCGGUCCCCUUAUUGGCCCGACUCGGAGAUGGGCUCCUCCGGAUCCAACGACAAUGGAAAGUCGUCGGACAUGGUUGACGUGCUACUUCUUGGCGGCCAACACGUCUAUGGCUCUGCACCGACCGAAUCUCAUCCGAUGGAACCCCUUCAUGGCUGAGAGUGUCAAGAUUCUUCAGUCUUCACCAGAUGCUGCGCCAACUGACGCCUACUUCUGCCAUCUCGUCUGGACCCAUCGUCUGUCUGAGGAGGUUGGCGUUCAGUUUGGUCUCGACGAUCCCACGGCCAACAUUAGUAUCACCGACCCAAAGACCCAGUAUACCCUCAAGGGGCUUGAACAGGACCUAAAAGACUACCGUGAAUCCAUCCCUGUAGACCUCCAACAAUGUAAUCUGUACAUGCACGAGAUGGCCCUGCAUUCAACUGCCGUGGAACCCCUGAGGCCUCCCUUCUCAGCCGACUCCCUCCGCGAUGGCCUCGUGAACAACGAGAAGCUCACGGCUGCCCAUAUUAGCGCAAUUUCUACAUGCCUCAGCUCUGUCGACAGCCUUCUCAGUGCCUUUCUCUCCAUGGACGUAUUUAGCGUGCGCUGCCUCCCCGUCUUCAACUUUGUCCGCGUCGCCUACGCCGUUGUCAUGCUCAUCAAGCUCUACUUCUCGGCCUCGGCGCCGGGAUCGGACCUUGGUCGCAUCUUUAACAAGAACGACAUGCAGGUCGGCCGGCACCUUGAUGCCCUGCUCGACAAGUUCCGCGCCACGGCGGCUGAUGACCGUUGCCGCCCCGCUGCAAAGUUCCUCGUCGUCCUUGUUAUGCUGCGUAGCUGGUUCUACAAGCAGUCCAAGGCCGAGGCCAAGGAGUCGGGUUCUGUUCCUCCUGCGCAACAGCAGCAGCAGACACCCACUCCAAUUAAUAACUCGUCGUCGCAGCCUUCAGAGCGCCCUUCAACCGCAAACACCCCUUUGCAACUCCUCUCCGAAGUCGCUACAGGUGCCGGCGCCGGCGCCGCUCCCCGGAACCGUGAUCCCUCCGGCGGCAGGCCCUCGGUACUCGGCUGGGGCACGGCCAUGCAGCAGCCCCCGCAGCCAUUCUUCCACGACAGCACCCAGUCGGCCGACACGGCCGGCUCUUCAGGUUCCUCCCUCCCGCCCCCGGGCCCGGCCACCAUGUCCCAGCUCGAGCCGCCUCUCUCGGCAGAUCUGGCCGCGGCUAUGGCCCCCGUCAUGCCCACCCUCCUACCUCCCACGUCGGGCGUCGGCAACGGCUUCAACGCCGCCGACAUGCAGGACUUUAGCCUCGCGCCCGGCUGGGACCUCGAGGGCAUGGGUAUGGGCAUGGGCUCACAGGGUAUGUGGGAGGACGGCAUGCGCAUCUUCCUCGACGAGCCGUGGUUCAACGACGUGUUCCAGGGUCUACCCGGGUCUGGCAACAUCUUUAGCUUCUAG